GGAAAAUAUACCACCAAAAGUGAUGUUUGGAGUUAUGGAGUUGUGCUUUACGAGAUUUUUACCAUAGGUGGUUCACCUUACCCAAGAAUGGAUGGAAGAAAAAUUGCAAACUUACUUCAGGAGGGAUACAGGAUGCCUAAACCACAACACGUCGAUGAAAAAUUGUAUCAGAUAAUGAUGAAAUGCUGGAAAAAUGACUCGGAUGCAAGACCAACAUUUACUGAAUUGAAAAAUCAGCUCAAGGACAUGGAAACCCAACAUAAGAGGCUAAUCAACAUGAGUAUGUACGACAACCAAUUGUAUGCAAACGUCGAGGAUUUAACAGUGUAGUUUGAUGCAAGUCCACGGUGUAAGAUCGGCCAAUCAUCUUUGCAUUGAACGAUUACGCUAUUCUUUUUAUAUUCUUAAACGGUAAACCGCUAUUACAUUUUUUUAGUCGCUUUACCGAUAAAGUAUACUCUCGUAUUUCUCGUUAACUUGUUAAGAACUUACACGUAUGCUCGACUUAAUUAAGCAUUUGUGAUCGAUUUAUUUCAAGCUAAUUUCCGAAAGGCAGGAGGGCGUUCUGACAUUAGAUGACGCGUUUUGAUAUCUUUGUACUGUAACCGUACCUACCAAGAAAGAAUCGUAUUUACCAGAUUGAUCUCCCUCGGAAGGCCUUAGUUGUGUAAAUUUGUUAGUUAAUUUUAAGAAACUGUUUUUCCGCGACACCCACCAGUCUGGAGGAAAGCUAUCAUGCGCAUAUUAUUGCUUUCCUAAGCCUAUAUAUCUUUGUGAUACCCACUCGAAAUACUUUUGCACUAAAAUUAUUAGAAGUAUUAGUAAAAUGAGCAGAAUUCUUUUUAAAACUA